CAUAAAACUCGGACAAUGCUUUUAUAAUGCAACAUCUUUCCAUUUGAUCUGCCUCAAAAUGUUUAAAAAAAAUUUCAUUAUAGCUUUUUAGUGCUUUAAUUCAAUAAUAUAAAGUGCAUUAAAGAGAAACUACUUGCAUAAAUAAAGCAAAUACAAUUAAAGUUACUGAGAAACUAUAAUAUAUAUAAUGCGACAUUAUUACCUUGACUAUCGAAGUCGAUCAUCUUCAGUGACAGAUAAGAAUGAAUUUAGUGCGAGUAGUCACUUCAGAUGGCAGAGUAUAAAGAAAUUUCUGUUCGUCGCUCACGCCUUUUCAUUAAAUAGUUUCAGUUUUGACCUUUUCUCAAGGGUCUUAGUGGUUCAUGCACAUUUAUUCCUAUAUAUAAUAUACGCAGUGGGCAUAGGAAUAAGUUAUAUGUUUAUGGAUUUCUUUAUAAAACAAUAUACAAGAAAGCUGGAUACUGGAAAAUUGAUGAAUCCACUGCUGAAAGGAGUAUCAUACGGUAUUAUUAUACAAACCGAUCUUUCCGCUAUUUUGCAUGCAAUCGAUUUAGCCGACUCGGUCAGGUUUCUACUCACUAGUAUGAAUAAAACACCGGCGUGGUCCAAGUGUCAGAACCUCCCGCCAAAUAUUAGUUGUGUCUCUUCUCAAGAUAUAAAAAUAAAAUGCAAUAACGAGGUCAUUGUGAAUCUGAAGCAUACGUCAGCCCACCUCAACUACCUAAAACUGUUUGCCGGUCUUGACAGAAACAGUCUAUCAAUGAGAUUUUUUAUAAUCGCAAUUGUUUGGAUAUGUAAUUUUUUCAUCGCAUCAAUUACGGAUACUGCUCUUUUAAGGAUUUUCAAGCUUUCAUUCUUGUGGGGCGUUUUUUCAACGACUUUUAUUCUUAUAUUUUUACUGUUCUCUACACAGUACACGACCCAAGCGUUUUACGAAAUUAUGAGUUUAAAGAAUAGUUCUUAUAACAAGGGAAUAAAUCUAGUGACCGACCCUUUCGGGGUAGGCCUCAUCGGGGUAUAUGAUUUUGGGACCAUGUCUCCUUUCACGAUGGUUGACAACGCAGUGUUAAUUUUCGCAAUGGUGUUUAUUGCUAUGGCCUUCGCAAGAUCUCUCAUAGUACGAGUGCUGUAUUUGAAACUUACUGAAUGUGUUAAAGUAGACCUGGCCGAGUCUCCUCACUACCUUUUAUUCGCAAUUCUGCCUUUGAGUACGGAAUUUAUGGAUGCUCACAAGAUCUUCGUCUUGUACAUUUAUCUGUACAUGAUGGCUGCAUUAGUGGCAUAUCUGGCAAUGUUCACAUCGACGAUGUCAAGGCUACUUCACAGCGAAUUCUGUUCCGUCAAAACAAUUUAUAUAAUUGGAUUGGUCUGCUUUUUAGGUUUCAUCCAAUCAUUGCCAUUGACCUUGUAUUCUGGCGACACUAUGGGCUUAUUCUUUGGCCUCAAUACAUGUACCUUAUCUCUGGGCGCCAUUAAGGUGGCCAUAGUCAUGUGGGUAUAUGGAGUCCAAAAGUUUUCAACAGAUAUACAAUUUUGGCUUGGUUUUGAGCCUACAAGCUUCUGGCAGAAUUUAUGGACAGUCCUUCCAUUAUUUCUUACUGGCUUUGCUUUGCAACAUAUUAAGGAUUUAAUAACUUUUAAGCAAAUAGGCCAAAUCUAUACCGCAAUGUUUUGGUCUUUGAUAACGUUUCUGGUUGUAAUCAUUUGCAUGUUAAAAGCCGUGGCGCAGUGUAUUGUAAAAAAUAAUUUAGCUGGCAUACUUAAAAGUAGUUAUAAACACGGUCCCCCGGAGAUCGAAGAUAGAAAGAAAAGAAGGAAUUUUGACAAGGUUGCACAAAAUAGAAAAUGUAAACAUAAUUGCCUUAUACUUGAUGAAACUUUCGACUGCAAUCAUUUGCCGUUAACAUUUAGGAGAAAAUCAAACAUAAAUAAUGAUUCUUUGACUAAUAUAUACGAGGCCGGACCGUCAAAUGAAAGACACAGAACAUCGAGUGUUUUAGAUAUUGCUAAUUUAGAUGCGCAAAAAUAAAAUGAUUUAAGAUUACAA